AUGCUCUCCAAGAAAUUUCUGAAUGUGAACAGCGCUUAUUCCAACAGCGAUCUCGCUCUGCAUGAUCAUCCCAUCAUCUCGGCCAGUGAGAACCUGGAGAGAAGCUCACCUCUGAAGAAGAUCACCAGGGGGAUGACCAAUCAGUCAGACACAGACAAUUUCUCUGACUCCAAGGAGGCGUCGGGGGACGCGCAGAGAAGCAAGCUCUCUCCUCUGCUGGACGAGGGCUCUGAAAUUCGUCACACUUUCGAUGGCUCAGCGGCAGACAGAUAUCUCCUGUCACAAGCCAACCAGCCACACCAGCCGACUGCUGCUCCCACCAGUGCCAUGUUCCCUUACACUGGCCAACAUGGACCUGCACACCCAGCCUUCUCUAUCAGCAGCCCCGGCAGGUACAUGGCUCACCAUCCUGUCAUCACCAAUGGAGCCUACAAUAGCAUCCUUUCCAACUCCUCUCCCCAAGGCUACCCGGCUUCAGGCUACCCCUACCCUCAACAGUAUGGACACAGCUACCAGGGAGGACCUUUCUACCAGUUCUCCUCUGGCCAGCCCGGGCUGGUCCCUGGUAAAGCCCAGGUCUAUCUGUGCAACAGACCCCUCUGGCUGAAAUUUCACAGACAUCAAACGGAAAUGAUCAUCACUAAACAAGGCAGGUAAGUAAACCUGAUCUCUCUUUUCAACAUCUCCGGGUUGGACCCGACGGCACAUUACAAUAUAUUUGUGGAUAUAAUCCUCGCUGAUCCCAAUCACUGGCGAUUCCAAGGAGGGAAAUGGGUUCCUUGUGGGAAAGCUGAUACAAAUGUACAAGGGAACAGGAUUUAUAUGCACCCGGACUCCCCCAACACAGGAGCUCACUGGAUGAGACAAGAGAUUUCUUUUGGGAAAUUAAAAUUGACCAACAACAAAGGAGCAUCGAACAACAACGGGCAGAUGGUUGUAUUACAAUCUCUACACAAGUACCAGCCUCGGCUACACGUGGUGGAGGUGAACGAAGAUGGGGCGGAGGACACCAACCAACCGAGCAGAGUCCAGACCUUCUCCUUCCCGGAGACUCAGUUCAUAGCAGUCACCGCGUAUCAGAACACAGACAUUACACAGUUGAAAAUAGAUCAUAAUCCCUUUGCCAAAGGGUUUAGAGAUAACUACGAUACGAUCUACACGGGCUGCGACGUUGACCGCCUGACGCCGUCGCCCAGUGAGUGCCCGCGGGGCGGUGUGGGGGUGGGGGUGGGGGUGAUGGGCCGCUACGCGGUGGCCCAGUCCUUCCUACAGGAGCAGUUCGUCAGCAGCUACGCCAAGGCCCGGUUCCACCCGGGGCCGCACGGCAGCGCGGGGGGUCUCCUGUCCCCGCAGCCCCCGCCGCCCGAGGAGCCCGCGCCGUCCCCCUCGCCCUCCCCGCAGCGCUGGUUCGUGACGCCGCUGCAGCCGCCGCCGCACUCGGGGCCGCACCGCCUGGACUUCCCUUCGCCCUACGACCCCGACUUCUCGGCGGGAAACGCCGCCAUCUUGUCCUCGGGGCUGUCCUGGGCCCGCGGGGCCUCGGCCUCGGGUAACGCUUACCUGCUGGAGGAGGCGGCGGCGGCGGCGGAGGCUCUCGGCCCCGAGCGCUCGGCCCUCACCUCCGCCGCCGCCGCCGCCGAGGACGGCAAAGGGAAGGAGCUGCCGGACUCGGGCUCGGGCUCGGGGUGGAUCGAGGUGGCGGCUCCUCCUUCCAUCAAGGCCCUGGAAGCCGCGGACUCGGCGGCGCUGUACGAGCAGGUGAAGAGGAGGCGCAUCUCGGCCGACACGGCCCAGGCCCCCGCCUCGGCCUCGGACACCGCCGCCGCCCUCAAGAGCGAGGCGCUGACCUCCCGCGACUGUGACAAGCACUGCGCCAAGGAGCUGGCCUUCUAUGGCUUCUACUCGCACAGUGGAUUUGCUCUGGUAAUGGAUGAAGAUGUUGACGAAAACCGAGCUAAAAAUCCCAAUUGUAAUGAGGGAAAUUUGGAUAUCAUCUUUUACAAGCUCGCAGCCCAGAGAAUGGACAUGAAAGACCAAGGAGCGCAGAUGGAGCCAUUACUGCCAACGAGAAAUGAUGAAGAGGCAGUGGUGGACAGGGGAGGAACACGAACCAUUCAGAAAACACACUUUGAAAAGGAGGACUUAGAAGGCCACCGGACUUUGUAUAUAGGUGUGCAUGUACCGGGGGGGAAGAGAAGCCACAGGAGACACCGCCAUCGCGGACACAAGCAUCGCAAGCGAGACCGAGAGAGAGAUUCCAGCUUAGAGGACGGCAGGGAAUCUCCGACUUAUGAUACUCCCUCUCAGCGAGUGCAGUUUAUCCUGGGAACAGAGGAUGAUGAUGAGGAGCAUAUUCCCCACGAUCUCUUCACGGAGCUGGAUGAGAUCUGUAUGCACGAUGGAGAAGAUGCCGAAUGGAAAGAAACCGCCAGGUGGCUGAAAUUUGAGGAGGAUGUGGAAGAUGGCGGCGAUCGAUGGAGUAAGCCGUACGUGGCAACAUUGUCACUUCACAGCCUGUUUGAGCUGAGAAGUUGUAUCCUCAAUGGGACAGUCCUUUUGGACAUGAAAGCCAGCAGCCUUGAAGACAUAGCAGACAUCAUUCUAGAGAAGCAAUUAGCCUCCGGACAGCUAAACGAUGACAUCUGUCAAAAGGUGCAUCAAGCUCUCCUGAAACGGCACCACCAUCAAAAUCAGAAGAAGCUCAGCAAUCGCAUUCCUAUUGUCAGAUCCUUUGCUGAUAUUGGCAAAAAACAUUCUGACCCUCACUUAGUGGAUAAAAAUGGUCAGAUGAUCUCCCCACAGUCGGCCCCUGCUAAUCUGGAAGGCAAGGUUGGUGUGAGCCGAGAGAACAGCACUGUGGACUUCAGCAAGGUGGAUCUUCACUUCAUGAAGAAGAUUCCUCCUGGCGCUGAGGCCUCGAAUAUUUUAGUUGGGGAACUGGAAUGUCUGGAUCGACCAGUUGUGGCAUUUGUUCGUUUGUCUCCUGCUGUUGUUCUCUCCGGAGUGGCUGAAGUUCCAAUCCCAACACGAUUUUUGUUUAUUCUCCUGGGACCUCUUGGGAAAGGCCCGCAGUUCCACGAGAUUGGCAGGUCUAUCGCGACUCUCAUGACUGAUGAGGUUUUCCAUGAUGUGGCGUAUAAAGCAAAAGAUCGGAAUGACUUGGUCGCUGGGGUUGAUGAGUUUCUUGACCAAGUGACUGUAUUGCCCCCUGGAGAGUGGGAUCCAACAAUCCGGAUCGAGCCUCCCAAAAACGUCCCUUCCCAGGAAAAGAGGAAAACUCCAGGAGUACCAAACGGAACCACAGGCCACGGGGAGGCCGAGGAACAUGGGGGCCACAGUGGGCCUGAGUUACAGAGAACAGGAAGGUUGUUUGGUGGAUUGGUUGAAGAUGUCAAAAGAAGAGUUCCCUAUUUCUGGAGUGACAUCAAGGAUGCAUUCAGCUUGCAAUGUGUUGCGUCUUUCCUGUUUCUGUACUGUGCCUGCAUGUCUCCGGUCAUCACAUUCGGUGGGCUGUUGGGAGAAGCUACGGAAGGUCGAAUAAGUGCAAUUGAAUCCCUGUUUGGAGCAUCCAUGACCGGCAUCGCCUACUCCCUGUUUGCUGGACAACCAUUGACCAUCCUUGGCAGCACGGGACCAGUCCUGGUUUUCGAAAAGAUCCUGUUUAAAUUCUGCAAAGAAUAUGGCUUGUCGUACCUAUCCCUGAGGACAUGUAUUGGCCUAUGGACUGCCUUUCUCUGUUUGCUGCUCGUGGCUACAGAUGCCAGCUCUCUGGUGCGUUACAUCACCAGGUUCACAGAGGAAGCUUUCGCUUCCCUUAUUUGUAUCAUAUUCAUCUACGAGGCUCUGGAGAAGCUCUAUCACCUGAGCGAGACCUAUCCCAUCAACAUGCACAACAGCCUGGAGCAACUCACACACUACUCAUGCGUUUGUCUAGAGCCACAAAAUCCUAGCAAUAAAACGUUGCAUUCCUGGGAAAACCACAAUAUAACAGCUACGGAACUCAAAUGGGGAAAUAUGACUGUGUCUGAAUGUAUCCAAUAUUACGGAGAGUUUUUGGGGAGUGCCUGCGGACACCAUGGGCCGUAUGUCCCUGAUGUUUUGUUCUGGUCGAUUAUAUUGUUCUUCUCCACCUGCACGCUGUCACACUUCUUCAAACAGUUUAAAACCAGCCGGUACUUUCCAACAAAGGUAAGAUCAUCAGUCAGUGAUUUUUCUGUCUUUCUGGCUAUUUUGACCAUGGUGUUGAUCGACUAUUGUCUCGGAAUCCCGUCUCCCAAGCUGCAGGUUCCCAGUGUUUUCAAGCCAACGAGAGAUGACCGCGGCUGGCUGAUUUCCCCGUUGGGUCCAAACCCCUGGUGGACAGUGUUGGCCGCUGUUAUUCCAGCCCUGCUUUGUACUAUCCUCAUCUUCAUGGACCAACAGAUCACGGCUGUCAUUAUCAACAGGAAGGAACACAAACUGAAGAAAGGCUGUGGUUACCAUCUGGAUCUGUUGAUGGUGGCUCUCAUGCUUGGCGUGUGCUCCAUCAUGGGAUUGCCCUGGUUUGUGGCAGCCACCGUUCUCUCCAUAUCCCACGUCAACAGCCUCAAGCUGGAGUCCGAGUGCUCAGCCCCAGGGGAACAGCCCAAAUUCCUGGGGAUCCGUGAGCAGAGAGUCACCGGCUUCAUGAUCUUUGUUCUGAUGGGAUUGUCUGUCUUCAUGACUUCGGUUCUCAAGUUUAUCCCAAUGCCAGUGCUAUAUGGAGUUUUCCUGUACAUGGGUGCGUCUUCACUUAGAGGAAUUCAGCUGUUCGAUCGUUUGAAGUUAUUUGGGAUGCCGGCAAAACAUCAGCCAGACUUUAUCUAUCUACGUCACGUACCUCUUCGGAAAGUCCACCUGUUCACUGUGAUACAGUUCAGUUGUUUGAUUUUGCUCUGGGUAAUAAAGGUCUCCCGAGCUGCCAUCGUCUUCCCAAUGAUGGUCCUGGCUCUGGUGUUCAUACGGAAACUUCUAGAUUUCAUCUUCACCAAACGGGAGCUGAGCUGGCUGGAUGACUUGAUGCCCGAGAGUAAAAAGAAAAAAUUGGAAGAUGAAGAAAAGGAAGAAGAACAAAUAAUGUUAACAAUGGAAGAGGAAGGAACUAUUCAACUGCCUUUGGAAGGGGAUUACAGGGAUGAUCCAUCUGUUAUUAACCUUUCCGAUGAAAUGGCCAAAACUUCUGUGUGGAAAGCCCUCUCCAUGAACACUGAGAAUGCAAAAAACAAGGAUUCCAACUUAACUUCAAAAAGCUCCCCUUCCUAACCCACCUCGAAGCUAAUUCCCCAAAGCUCACACGCUAACCACGAACGAAGACAAGCGAAGAAAACUGACUCAGGGAAGAGUAUUGACAGGGAAACGUGUCUUUGACCUAUUUUGUAUUCUGUUCUGUGUUUACCUGGUCUAUUGAGAAACUGGUGCCACAAUUAAUCAUUUAUCAUUCCGACCGAUCAGAUUUCACGGUGACAUGAAUCAACAGUUUAGCAUUCCAACCAGCAUUUACUACAUUCUAAACGGUGGUCGAUUCACUCUGUUUGACUAUCUGAUUCUUACGUGUUUCUAUACGGUUUUAAGUGUGAAAAAAUAAUGUACCACUUAGGUGCAGCCGGUGUACAAUAAGGACUGCAAUUUACUUGUUGUGAUGUGUCUGGUCAAUUUAGACUUUUAUAUUUGUAAUAUGAAUGAUGGUGUCUGUGAUCUAACAUCGUAAACGUGUAGGUAUGUGCCUCAUGUUAUGGCACACAUCACUCUCCCAUGUUUCUUUAUAAGUUUAAUACUCGCAAUACUGCUUUAUAUGUAAGUUGUUCCGUUGUCAAAUUACUGUUACCGUCUAAAUUACUUUGCACUGUGUGUAGCUCACGUCAUGAUGCAGGACAUGGAAAGCUUCACUUGCAAUUGUUCAGACUGGAUGUAGAAUUGCAUAUUAAAUAUCAUUGCGUUUAAUCAUUUCCCCUUGGGAACAAAAUCUAGCGGACAUGAAUUUAAAGCCCAUAAACAAAGAUGAAAAGUAUAAUAGUCAGAUCAGCAGAAAUAGUAUGAUUAUUCCAAACUUCUAUACUUUUAUACGUUGCUUCAAUGUGUGUGUGCGUGAGGCCUAUGAUUUCUGGUAUCUAAAUAAAUUGAGGGUGAAUGGCUGAAUUUUUAAAA